AUAGAAACCUUCCGUUUCAAAGCUCAAAACCCUUUCCAUUACGCCGAUUAUCAAAAGAGCAUAAAAGCUAGCGAGCAGAGUGGUGAAGCAUGGGUCGCGCCGGCAUCCUGCUAGCGAUCAUCUUAAUUGGUUGCCUAUCUGCAAUUUCCAUUGCAAAAGAAGAAGCCAACAAGUUAGGAACUGUUAUUGGGAUCGAUCUUGGAACUACCUACUCGUGUGUUGGUGUUUACAAGAAUGGCCAUGUCGAAAUCAUAGCCAAUGACCAAGGAAACCGUAUCACUCCAUCAUGGGUGGCUUUUACAGACUCUGAGAGGCUGAUCGGUGAAGCAGCAAAGAAUCAGGCACCUAUAAACGCAGAGAGAACCAUCUUUGAUGUCAAGAGACUCAUCGGGAGAAAGUUUGAGGACAAAGAAGUCCAGAGGGAUAUGAAACUCGUCCCCUACAAACUCGUGAACAAAGAUGGAAAGCCGUACAUCCAAGUUAAACUUUCCGGUGGGGAAACAAAAGUUUUCAGUCCUGAAGAGAUCAGCGCCAUGAUUCUAACCAAAAUGAAGGAGACAGCCGAAGCAUUCUUGGGAAAGAAGAUCAAGGACGCAGUUGUUACAGUUCCAGCAUACUUCAACGACGCCCAAAGACAGGCAACAAAGGACGCCGGUGUGAUUGCUGGUUUGAACGUUGCCAGAAUCAUCAACGAACCCACAGCUGCUGCCAUCGCAUAUGGUCUUGACAAGAAAGGAGGAGAAAAGAACAUUCUUGUAUUCGACCUUGGUGGUGGAACCUUCGAUGUCAGUAUCUUAACCAUCGACAAUGGCGUUUUUGAGGUUCUUUCAACAAACGGUGACACCCAUCUUGGAGGCGAAGACUUUGACCAAAGGAUCAUGGAGUACUUCAUCAAACUAAUCAAGAAGAAGCACGGAAAAGACAUCAGCAAAGACAACAGAGCUCUUGGAAAGCUGAGAAGAGAAGCCGAGCGAGCCAAAAGAGCCUUGAGUAGCCAACAUCAAGUCCGAGUCGAGAUUGAAUCGCUUUUUGACGGUGUAGAUUUCUCAGAGCCGUUGACCAGGGCCAGAUUCGAAGAACUCAACAACGACUUGUUCAGGAAAACCAUGGGACCCGUCAAGAAGGCCAUGGACGACGCCGGUUUACAAAAGAGCCAAAUUGACGAAAUUGUCCUCGUCGGUGGAAGUACCAGAAUCCCAAAAGUCCAACAGCUUCUAAAAGAUUACUUCGAUGGAAAGGAACCAAACAAAGGUGUGAACCCCGAUGAGGCCGUCGCUUUUGGCGCCGCCGUACAGGGAGGUAUUUUGAGCGGUGAAGGUGGUGACGAAACUAAAGAUAUUCUUCUUUUGGACGUGGCACCUCUUACUCUCGGAAUCGAAACCGUUGGGGGAGUGAUGACGAAAUUGAUCCCAAGAAACACAGUCAUUCCAACUAAAAAAUCACAAGUCUUCACAACUUAUCAAGAUCAACAAACUGUUGUUUCCAUUAAAGUCUACGAAGGUGAAAGAAGCAUGACAAAAGAUUGUAGACUUCUCGGAACAUUCGAUCUCUCUGGAAUCCCACCGGCUCCAAGGGGAACACCACAAAUUGAAGUGACAUUUGAAGUGGACGCGAAUGGUAUAUUGAACGUGAAGGCAGAGGACAAGGCUUCUGGUAAAUCAGAGAAGAUAACAAUUACAAAUGAGAAAGGGAGAUUGAGUCAGGAGGAGAUUGAACGAAUGGUUAGGGAGGCAGAGGAGUUUGCUGAAGAAGACAAAAAGGUGAAGGAAAAGAUUGAUGCCAGAAAUGCCCUUGAGACUUAUGUCUACAAUAUGAAGAAUCAAAUUGGUGAUAAGGAUAAAUUGGCUGAUAAGCUUGAGAGUGAUGAGAAGGAGAAGAUUGAGUCGGCAACAAAGGAGGCGCUUGAGUGGUUGGAUGAGAAUCAGUCGGCUGAGAAGGAGGAGUAUGAUGAGAAGUUGAAGGAAGUUGAGGCUGUUUGUAAUCCUAUUAUUACAGCUGUUUAUCAGAGGUCUGGUGGGGCUCCAGGUGGUGGAGCUGAGUCAACGGAAGAUGAUGAUGAACACGAUGAACUUUAGGUUUUUUUUUUUUUUUUUUUUUUUGGGAUGGAAAAGAUAGAGAGAAGAAGAUAGGGUUGGUAGUAUAAUUUUGGUUUUUUUAUAUGAAAGUGAAGGAACUUUUGCUUCACUUUGGAUUAUUAUAUUUUGUUUUUGUUAAAAAGUGAAGAACUUUUGGAUCUGUAUCAUUUGACGCCUAAAAAACUUGGUUUAUGUUUACUGCUAUUU